AAUACCAUAAAAUGAUUAUACUGAUUAUAGAAUCUGUUUUCCAUUUAUCAUUAUUAAAUAAGCCGAAGUCCUUCAACCUAAAAUAUGGCCUUAUUAUAGUUGUUGUGCGCCAUUGAAUUUUUACCUCGUUUUGCAGGAAAGUUAGCCGGUGCUGUCUUUUUUACUACUGACAUCGAAGAUGGGCAGCCGUUGGAUUGGUAAGACCCCCUCGUAGGAUUCAUGAAAACUAGCCGUUGUAAAGCCCGAAAACGUUAUUCUAAUUUUUAUUACAGUCCAGCCAUCAAUGUGCUCUGUGAAAAAAAAGGAGCCAAACAAACAAACUAGCCGUUGGCUGCAGAUGGAUUGAAGAGAGGUAGUCGUCCUCCUUCCCGUCUCUCCAUGUUGAGUAAAAGUUCCAGCGAUCACCUGGCCAGGAAGAAGGCCGAGCUACUUCGACGUAACCACUUGCUCCUAUUCAUCCAAAUCGCAGUUUUUCUACUCAUCAUUCCCUUGUCGAACCCAUCUUGGGAUGGAGUCAUCAUCACCCAAGAAGACUACGAAGGUUUGCAGGCCUUUAAGCACGCCAUUGACGACCUCCGAGGCCUCCUGCGGAGCUGGAACGGCACUGGCCUCGGCGCAUGCUCUGGCGCGUGGGUUGGGAUCAAGUGUGUCCGCGGCAAGGUUAUUGCUAUCCAACUCCCAUGGCGAGGCCUUGGCGGCCACAUUACAGAGAAGAUAGGACAGCUCAACGCCCUGCGCAAGCUUAGCCUCCAUGACAACGUUAUCAGUGGCCAGAUUCCCGCUGCGUUCAGCUUCCUUCGUGAACUCAGGGGAGUUUAUCUCUUCAACAAUAGGUUCUCGGGCGCCAUUCCACCAUCUAUUGGAAGUUGCAUUGCGCUUCAAACGCUCGAUCUCAGCAACAAUUUGUUAACCGGGAUCAUCCCUUCUUCGUUAUCGAAUGCUUCCAGGCUUUAUAGGCUUAAUCUUAGCUUCAACAACUUGACUGGUUCGAUUCCAGAUGGAGUUACGCGAUUGCCAUCUCUUACAUACCUUCUUCUCCAGAACAAUAAUCUUUCUGGUAAUAUUCCUAAAACUUGGGAAGCGUAUCAGCUGAGAACCCUAAAUCUCGAACAUAACACCAUUUCCGGCGACAUUCCUAAGUCUCUGGGUGGCUUAGUUUUGCUGCGUGAAGUGAUUUUGAGUAAUAAUAUGUUGAAUGGAAGCUUUCCGCUGCCCAUGUGCAACCUCUCCUCCUUAAUCCAGCUUAACCUUGAGAACAACCAUAUUGGGAGUAAGCUUCCAGCUUUCAUAUAUGGGCUCAAGAACCUUUCUAUCCUUAACUUGAAAAUGAAUAUGUUUGAUGGCGAGAUCCCGGAAACUUUAGGUAAUAUUUCCGGCCUUUUCCGGCUGGAUUUGUCUGAUAACAACCUCACCGGGAGGAUUCCUUCCUCGCUCAAGCAUCUGGUGAAUCUCACCUUUUUCAAUGUCUCAGAUAACAAUCUUUCUGGCCGAGUUCCUCUCUUUCUGACCAAAAUGUUUAAUUCAAGCUCUUUCUUAGGAAACAUCCAGCUCUGUGGGUAUAGUAACUCGGUCCCCUGCCCACCUCCGCCUUCUCCAAACUUCCAACCAUCAAUUCCACCAAAACACCAUCACACUAAACUAAACACCCUGGAUAUCAUCCUCAUUGCUGUAGGAAUCACCCUCAUACUUCUCGUAGUUGUCUGCUUCGUCCUUCUUUGCUGCUUAAUCAGAAAAAGAUCAACUUCAACCGAGAAGCCUGGCACGGCAGGAUCCGCCGAAAGAGGUGAGAAGCCGGGGCCCGGCGCUGGGGCUGAAACGGAAUCCGGCGGCGAUAUCGGAGGGAAGCUAGUUCACUUAGAUGGGCCACUGGCGUUCACCGCCGACGAUCUCUUGUGUGCGACAGCGGAAAUAAUGGGGAAAAGCACGUACGGGACGAUGUACAAGGCGACGCUGGAGGAUGGAAGCCAAGUUGCAGUAAAGAGACUUCGAGAGAGGAUUGCGAGGAACCAGAAAGAGUUCGAAACAGAGGUAAACGUUCUGGGAAAGAUCAGGCAUCCUAAUUUGCUAGCUCUCAGAGCUUACUAUGUUGGCCCCAAAGGAGAAAAGCUCCUCGUGUUUGAUUUCAUGCCCAAAGGAAAUCUUUCAUCUUUUCUCCACGCACGAGGACCAGAAACCACCAUAGAUUGGUUGAUGAGGAUGAAGAUAGCAAUGGGCGCCGCCCGCGGCUUGCGGCACCUCCACGUCGAAGCAAAGAUCGUCCAUGGAAAUCUCACAAGCGGCAACAUACUUCUAGACGAAAACACAACUGCAAAGAUAGCAGAUUUCGGCCUCUCCCGUCUCAUGACAGCGGCCGCGAACUCUAAUGUCAUAGCCGCAGCCGGAGCUCUUGGAUACCGAGCGCCGGAGCUGUCGAAGCUGAAGAAGGCGAGCACGAAAACAGAUGUGUAUAGUCUCGGCGUGAUAAUACUGGAGCUGUUAACGGGGAAGUCGCCUGCUGAGCCGACCAAUGGAAUGGAGCUGCCGCAGUGGGUGGCGUCGGUGGUAAAGGAGGAGUGGACGAACGAAGUGUUUGAUGUGGAGAUUAUGAAGGAUGCCGCGGCUGGGGAUGAGUUGCUGGAUACAUUGAAGUUGGCAUUGCAUUGUGUUGAUCCGUCGCCGGCGGCGAGGCCUGAGGUAGAGCAGGUGAUGAGGAAGAUGGAGGAGAUUAUACCGGAGCUGUCGGACGCAGGGAGGGAAACAGAGGAAGGUGGCCCUGGGGGAGAAGUAGGUGCAUCUACAUCUAGGGGAAAGUGAUGGAGAUGCAGUUGUUCAGACGAUCGAAUUCUGGCAGUUUAUUUUUAAUUAUUAUUUUAUCAUUUAAUUUAGCGGGUUCUGUAUAUAAGCUAAGGGGGUUUAAGAUUUUUAGCUGCUCAUCCUCUUGGGUGAAGAUUUUUUUGUGCAUGAUUAUUUUAGGAGUGGUGGAGCAGAAAUUUUUUCUUGUAGGAACGCAGAUUUAUGGAAUUUUUAAAUUAGGUUGA